ACAACAAUUAAAAAGGACUUUUUAAUUUAGCAAACAAUACGAACGAAAAAUGAAAUUUACAGUGUUAAAAGGAUAGGAUAUUGGAUUUACGAUUCUGCGCGCAAAUGCUCACUAAAGAUAAAGAGUACAAAAAACGAAAAAACAAAUAAAAAUAAAAUAAUACAAAAAUACAAUUUUGUUGUCAGUUAUAAUUGCGGUGCUACAAUACACGAGGAGUGUGUUUGUGUGAGUGUGUGCUGGUGUUCUUUUGGAAUAUUGUUUUCUUGAGUCCUUUUUUUCAUGGAUGAAAGGAAUGUUUAUUUCCGUUUGAAAACAUAAUAUCCUGCUCCAUUUCCAUAUGCAAGCGGUGUUCAUCUUGGUUCAACGAUAGCCAACAAAUAAAUUUUGAAAGUACACGCCUUGUACCUGUGGAUUAAAAUGAAUGACGAAGACAUUUACGAAGUGAAAAAAACAUGGGAGAUACCAAUGGAGAACCCCUCUGAGUCGGGACAAGCAAUUUUAAUUGAAUUUUUCACCCAAUUUCCGUCCAAUCAACAAAAAUUCGAACAAUUUAGAGAAGUACCAGUAGUCCAACUUAAGGAUAACGCCAAGUUUAAAUCUCAUGCCGGACGUAUAAUAAGACUUUUUGAUGAUUCCAUCAAUGCCCUGGGAACAGACUAUGCUGAUUCUGCAAUUCAAGAAUUAUGGAAGACUACGGCGAGAUCACAUUUUCGAAGAAAUAUUUCAAAACAGUCUUUUAGUGAACUAAAAGGCGUUAUUUUACAAGUCCUUAAAGCUGCAUGUAACCUCAACGACAGACAAGUUGAAGCUUGGACAAAACUUAUGGACCAUGUAUAUGAGAUUGUUUUCAAAACACUUGACGAGCUGGCUUCCAGCGAUCAGUGAGCAUCGAUAUUUUUCAAUACCAAAUUUCGGUUACGGACUUUAGAUAUUUUCAAAGCAAAAUUAGGCAAAAUAUAUGACACAAUGAUGAAUAAUUGUUAGAUCACCGUUCAAUUAAAAUUUAGGAAUGGCAAAUUUAUGUGAAAAAAUGCACAAUAAUUGAAAUUGGAAUUAGUAUUAUGUACUUUGUAAACAAUUUGUUAGUACAUAACAAAUUGUCAUAAAAACAACAUACCUACACAAAGGAAGUAUGGAUAAAAAAAAAUUAUAUUUAUAAGUAUAUAGGGGUUUCAAUGGUGUUCUUUUGCAAACUAUCCUCCUCGUUCGUGUCUUGUAUUUAGUUUUUACCUCAACAUGCUUAUUAACACAAAGGAAGAUGUAAAUUAAAAAAAAAAAAAAAAAAACAAAAAAAAAAAUUGUU